GCCUUCUCCAUCUCCCCAAGCUUCGGCCACCAGGAAAACUUCAGAGAGACCGUCUUCUCCGCCGCCCCAAGCUUCAGCCACCAGCAAAACUUCCGAAGGACCAUCUUCUCCACCGCCCCAAGCGAGGUUAAGUGACCUUGGCUGGUAGCCUUUGCUAGACCUCAUGUGAUGGGGGUGGGGUGCAUGAGCAUAUAGCAGAAGUAGAAAAAUAGCACCCAGAUUUGGGCCUAUUUUAUUUUAGAUUUACUAUAAACAGGGCCACAGGUGCACCCUAUAGCUAGCAGCUCUUGAUUGAGGCUGAGAUUAUGAGCCACCAACAUCUGUGACUGAAGUUAGUCCUUAGUUGCCCAUGGAAAUAAAUUUUUUGCUUGCUGUAACAAGGUGAUUGGUGAACGUGGAUGGUUUUUUUACCCUAUGAACUCGUUGUACUCCCACAAGAAUUUGGUAUCAUCAUGGUGUAAUUUA